AUGGCCGAAAAGCUAAGCCGAAUGUACGGUACUGAAGAAGACAAAGUGAAUUGUCCUUUUUAUUUUAAAAUUGGUUCAUGUAGAUACGAAAACAAGUGUUUAAGAAUACACAAUAGACCUUCUGAAAGUUAAACUGUAUUAAUAAAGCAUAUGUAUACUAGUAGUGCAACCGAAUUAGCAUUAGCCUAAGGAAAUAGAGUAAGCGAAGAAGAAAUAAAGAAAGCAUUAGAUACAUUUGAGGAAUUUUACGAAGAAGUAUUUCUCGAAUUGGCAAAUUAUGGAGAAAUUGACGAUCUUAUAAUAUGUGAUAAUAUAGGGGACCAUAUGAGAGGAAAUGUAUAUGUGAAAUAUAUAAAGGAAAGUUCUGCAGCAAAUGUUUGA